UUGUUUACGACAAAAGGGCGAUCCAUGGUGUUGGUCAAUCCAAAGCUUCAACCAAUGAUUAGAGUUGAAGUUGAAUGGCUGCGAUGGUGAUGUGCAGAUUAAGGAUUGAAGGUUAAGUAAAGAAUAUUUGUUUGUAAUUCUAAAGCUUAUGAAGAAACCAUUUCCAGAAGAAACCACAUAACUUCUUGUGUGACACUUGCAAAAGAAUAUUUCUUCUCCAUCUCUGCACAUUUCUUGUAUAUAAAAACAGAGGGGUCACCGUAUGAACUGCAUUCAAUCAAAUUAGCCGCGAAGUAAACCAACAAUGGAGAAAGGUGAAGCUUCGAAUGUGUCGUACGAGGAAUUCGAGCCUUUCUGCAAAUGGAAAAAACUCGACGACUCCGACGUUCAUGUUCUUGAGGUUCAUCUCCCAGAAUUCAAGAAAGAAGAAUUGAGGGUUCGGAUAAAGAACAACUCUAUCCUUGCAAUUUCCGGCGAGCACCUCGCCAAUGAUGGGAAGAAGAUGCAAUUCAACAGAGAAAUCAAACUCCCAAAGGAUAUAUACCCAGACCAAAUCCGUGCCAAAUUCGGUGGCUCUGUUCUUUCUAUCACGAUGCCUAAGAAACCCAGCUCGGCGGAAAUCGGCAAACCAAAGGCGGACGCCGCCUCGGAGGGUAAUGACACAGCACCCAAUGAUGAUGGUAAGCCAAAGAACUUGAUAUCCAGGUUAACAAGUCCAUUAUCGAGGUUGAAAUUUAGCAAGAAAAAGGCGACGGCUUUGGCGGCGGCAGUGGUGAUUCUGGCCUUCGGAGCUUACUACUUGAUUAAAAACAGGGAUUAAAUUAUAUUCUUUGUUCGAACUGCAUACAUAGAAUCAAAUUGGAUUCACUAAUAAUAAAUCAUUCAUGUUCAUUAACUAAGAGCCACUGAUUGAUGUUCCUUGAGAAGCUGAGAGUUCAAUGGUGGGGGCUUCCCAGAUUAUCCCCUUGGAUUUCAUUGAUGAUAGUUGUUGUGUUCGUGUCUAUAAUACUUGCAUUAUACAUUGAUUGAAGCAUCUUGAUGUCAUUUUAGGUGUGCGUCGGUAUCUUCAAUUUUAAUUUGUUCCCCAAUUCUAGGCUUUUAGUGACACGUUACUCUGCAUCAAUGUAUGUCUUAAUUAAGUA